UCAAAUUAAAAAUGGCGGAAAACGUAAACACUCUGUCGCGGUUUUCAAAGCUUCCAGACAAGAAUCAAGCCACUGCUUUGGUAAGUCAAAACAAACCGGGAACUAAGGGAAAACCAGUUUUGGUUUUCCUUGGUCCUCUACUGUAUUCUUACUCUUUCACGAAUGAUUUCUACAAUCACCUUAUUGUUAUUUCAGUUUGUGGGUGUCAAGGGAAUUGGAAAGCACCGCGUUGCAAGAUCUACGCUAGCUGUUCACACUGAUUUCUCUGUACAAAUGUAGGUCUGGUUUAAUCUUAUUCUUAUUUUAGUUCUACUGGAGAUAUUUUGAUAGGAGUCUUAGCUAGAAAAAGUCGCGCUACAUGCAUAAUCUUCAACUUAACGAGGGACGUGGGUGAGAUCAGAUCAGAGAAUGGAUAUUUAUUUGUAUUUGUGAACUUUUUAAAUAGUUUUCUUAUUAUUAACAGCCGUAUUGCUACUGGUCUGCCAUUGCCAGAGGACAGUGAGAACGCAAGGCCAAGAAUUGAUUUUAUAGUGCUGUUUGUUGACUUGACCAAUAACUUGAGGUACAAUGUAAUAUAAUGAAUACAAUCUUUCAAUUGAUACCCCCAGUAGAGUUAACAGGCAAGGCAGCGUACAUUGGAAAGGUUCAAAAUGCUGUAUUAUAUCUGUUCCAUAAUACCAUGUGUACAGCAUCAUGCAGGGCUGUCACUAAGAUUUCAAGUUGCCGAGUAAAUACAACAAGUGGGCGGGGAAUCAAACAGCUGGGGAUUUCUUUUGGUUCUAUUUUUCUUCUAUUUUCCUUUGAAAGUAGCCGGGGGAAAUCCCCUGCCCCCACCUCUUAAUGACAGCCCUUAGCUUGAGAGCCUGGGGAUCAAGGGAAUGAGGUGGCUUUGAAUGAAAAUAGGCAUGUUCUCUUUUAAAUCAUAACUCAAAUGCCAUUUUUCUGGUGGGAGGGGGUGGGGUUAAAAUUCAUCUUCAUAGUAAAGAUCCAAGAGAUUCAAGAAUUUGUCUUGGAGUGCUUUUGCCAGCUCUGAAACAAAUGUUACAAAACAUUCUUAAAAAUUGACUUUAUUACUGAGUGGCUAUUCAGGGUAUGUACUCAAAUCUGCAACACCAUCCGUGUUUCAGCGUGUACAUGCAAACUAGGGUACUUUUAUCUCAAAGGAGGGGUACUCUAAGAAUUCUUGGGUAGAGGUGUGCUGGAAAGACCGACCUGAAAUCUUUGACCGAGACCAAGCUCUACUGCAAUGUUGCUACCCUAUUCUAGAUUAGCCAGCAAAAACCCUCCCCCCCCCCCCCCAUCCCAGACUAAACACAUGUAGAAACAAAAAACUCCACAUUGCUUUAACUUAUCUUUCUCAUUAAGUUUGGAAACAAUCAAAGCUUCAGUCAAACAAAUGGACAUUGACUACUUUCUGGGCCACUGCUGCUUUGUAGUAGUGCAAGGUAUGUUUCCUUCCCCCUGUUAUGAAAUACCAUAGCUGUUGCUUCUCAGAGAGGAAUCUCUAUCUCCUGGGACAGGGAAGCCGCGGGCAUUUGCACAACAACAUUUACAAAUCCCCCUUAACCCACCCAAGAAAAAUAAUUAUUUCUCCAUAAGAAGCUAACUACAAUCACUCCUUUCCCUGGGGGCAAUAGUUUGUUCAGAUGAAUUCCAAGGCACAUGCAGAUUGCAAGGAAAUUUUCUUCUUGUUUUACUAAAAAUACCUCUUUGUAAUGUAAAGGGUUGAUAAAAAAUAAGGAAAUAAAGUGCACCUGUCUACUGCACGUGAUGUUCAAGUUAGUUUGUAAGUCAUGGACAACAUUGUUGUUGUAGGAUUCACUGUAUUCUUCCUUUUUCGCUAGAUGCAUUCAAAAUCACGCGUUUUUUCUUCAGUCUUUUUCCUCCUAUCGCAUGCAUUCUGAAUUAAGCGGUUACGAUUAGUUGCUAGAGGAUUCAUUCACUGAAUUAAAAAUAUUUUAAGGAGAACAGAAUGUUACAAUAAUCACUGCAACAUUAUGAGCAAGCCAAAACAACAAUAAUUAUUAGUGAACGUGUUUGCUCCCUUUGUUUCUGUCAAAGGCAUUUUAUUAACAUUACAUACAUUUGUCUUAUUUCAGCCAAAAAUGAAGCCAAACAUGCUGUUAGCAUCCAGGAAGUAACAAGCCUUGCUGACAGCUUUGAUUCACCUUUAAUUUGUGCAGACUUGAGGGUGAGUUCAAGAUCCCAGCGGUGAGAUCUUCUAUAAAAUGCUUACUCCCAAUGAAAGAAUUACCUUGCAUGAGUACAGUGUAGUUUCUCACUUGCAGUUGCUGGAUAAUCUCAUGUGAAGAAACCCCAAGAAUUAUUUGUGUAAGCAAUAUGAAGGGCAAAGCUAGCCCUGACCAGUUGCGUAGAAUUGCAUUAUUGCAUUAUUUAAAUGAUAUAUAUUUUUUAAUUUUUCCAUUUCUAUCUAUCAUAUUUUAGGCCUCACUUUCUUAAUCAGAACCGAGAGAUUGACGUUAGAAUAAUGUCUUUGUUUUUAAAUUUGCACCUAUUAGAAAGAGGAAGACAUCAAAUUCUUGUCAACAAAACUUGUUCACCUUCUUCAAGUAUCCUGUGGAUUCUGUGCAGAUGUCACAACAUUACUACUGGACACAACAAGAAAAUCAUUUGUGUUUGAGGAUGAAUUAAAUGGCAUGAUAGAGUAA